AGCGAUUCCUUAUGGGGUUAUCCGGUUGUUGUGAUCGUGCACGGUGGUGGUUUCAAAUACUUCUCGUCUUCAUUGCUGCCACACGAUACACUCUGCAAUAAUUUCGUUAAAGAAGGCAUUAUCGUAGUGACAUUCAACUAUCGUGUUGGCUUCCUGGGUUUUCUAAGUACCGGUGAAGGGCCGUUACCGGGUAAUCUUGGUCUCUGGGACCAAACUGAAGCACUUGUCUUCGUCAGCGAGAAUAUCCCGGCCUUUGGAGGUGACCCAAGGAGAGUGACGCUUCUUGGACAAGGCGCUGGUGCGGCAAGUAUUUCAGCACUUUCAAUUUCA